AUGAAGCUGUGCGACUUGCCGCGUGAGCUGCUGGUCGCGACACUGCAGUUCGUGGACCACACGAGUCUCGUGCGCCUCGAAGUCGUCAGUCGUCACGUGCGAAACGUCAUCGUCCACGGCGAUACGUGGCGCGAGCUGGCGCACCGUCUGGCGCUGUACGCACGCAACCGCUACAUGCGCAGCCCGUCUGGAUGGAAACGACUGGUGCUGUUGACCCAGCGCCCCGUGAGCCAAGAGCUGUCGGUGCUACGUCAAGUGCGCGACUGUACAUCAGUGGACCACAUGAAUGAGUCAGCCGAAAACACACUGACGCGGUCGUACUGCAGUAUUGUCGUCGCGCUCUUGAACGACCGGUACAAUAAUGGGACCGCUCGCACUGCUGCAGCCGUAGAAGACGACGUGGCUGCGUAUGAGGCGAUUGGCAAGCGACUGCAGCUCGAGUGUGGCUGUGCGAGAGGACGUCCGUGCUAUUGGAGCAGUGCUUCGACGUGGGAAUGCACGUCGACCGAUCGUCUUGACUACACGCUGUGGGAAAACUGUCUGGUUGAGAGUGUGCAGAUCGUGCCGUACCGAGUGUUUUGGUACCCUGGCAGUCCGACGUACUCGCCAAAGCGCGCAUCGUUCGCGCUCUAUGAGCUGCGUGACGACGGUGAGGUCGACACAGUGGUCUAUGAAUCGACGGUGUUUAGCAUUGUCAAGGACAUGAAGAUGGAGACGUUCACGUUGCCGCGUCGAGUGUUUUUGUCGCGAGGAAUGCUGCGAGUGACUUUGUUUGACCGGCAGGAAGACAUUGGUCUGGAUGUGGCCCGGUGGAUGCAAGAGUACGACUUGCCUCCGUACUACACGUGCUUGAGUUACGUAGGAGCGACGGGACUGCUGGAGUCCAGUGUUGCUAAUGAGUUGCGCAUGAGAGAAGCGACCGAAAUUGGUGGGUCGUCUCCCGACGGGCGUUUGUUUGAAGUGCUGGCCAACGGAGGCGCACCGUGA